AUGGAUGGGUAUAACUGGAUGGUGGAGGAUGCUUCUCAGGGACCAGGACGUCUAUUUUAUGAUGGCGUGCCGUUCAUGGCAGCAUCCACCAAAGCCGAAGUGAAGCGUCGCAUCGAGGUCUAUGAGGCGCAUUAUGGUUGGCUAGCCAUUCUUAUCACUUCUGCGAGCUCUGUAUUUUUGCUGGGCCUUUUUAGUCUCUACCUGAUAUUUGCGACGAUCAUUCCGAAUGUAUUUGAUCCAGUCGUAGGUUUGACUUACAAUAAGAAAUAUAUGCCGCGUGCUUCUGGUCUCCUGGAUUCAGAGGGAGUAGUUUUAUUGGGGUUACCGCACGUGAUAUCUACACCGACACCACUGAGAGCUGCUUACCCCUCUCACAGCUGCCUCAUGGAAGCCGGCUUCUUACCUCCGUAG